AUGUCCGCUGCUGCUAUCCGAUUCUUGACCACCGCCGAAGUCAUUCGGCUUCACCAGACGCUGAUUCCUAAGGAACCAUUACGGGGGGAGACGGAUAUUUUCAAGCUGGCAGCAUCGUUGUCUUCUAGCUUGAUGAAGAACCACCCCUUUGGUGACGGGAACAAGCGCACCGCCUUGCUCGCUGCUGAUGCUUUUCUGAAGCGCAAUGGCUAUCAGUUCAAGGAUAUUAAGGAGUCGGGCAUUGAGAGAGCCCAUGUUGCUGUGGUCACCAAUCAAUUGGAUGCUGACAAGCUGCAUGCUGUGUACAGAAAAUAUGCGAAGAAGGUCUGA